AUGGAGACUGAGCGACCAUUGAGCAUCCUACCAUCGAUCAAAUGCUCCGACUGUGGUGCAGAGAUCCAGAUCUCUGCUAUGGGAGAGCACGUGUGCACACCCUCGCAGAAGGAGGAUCAAGCAUCGCAAAAGCCCGAGUCACCAAUCGCAUCACCAACCACAUCUCCUUCGACAGAGAAGCAGCCGACGCCAUUCCCGUCCACCAAGCAGACCUCCAACAGGGCACCCUCAAGACCGAACAGGACUCCGCUUCCUCGCAUUGAUCCCUCUGUUGCAAACAAGCCUUACCUUGCGAGACCACUGCUUUCACCAGAUGCAUCUCAAAACUCUGGACGUCGUACUCCAAUGAUACCAGGCAGACCUGGCCGCUCACCAGUGAUGCGAAGCGCUACCAGCCCCAUCCCGAGACUACCACGAGAACCAUCACAAGAGCUAAGCGGGAACAUGGAUUGCGCGUUCCCUCCAUUUCCUACGGCGCGGUCCAAGUCAGCUGCAAGAGCCAAGAGCCCGGUACCUGAAGGAUACUACGCUCCACGAAGCCCCAUGGCAACAGGAGGUGCAAAUGUCGCGCGUAAGCUGGACACAAUUGCGCCAGGGCCUUUUAACGCACCCGCACGCAGUACAUCUCGCUCGGCUUCUGCGAGUGCAACUGCUCAGGCACCACCGGCCAUUACUAUAAAUCAACCCCCAGCCGAGGGAGCAGCCUCUCCUGUGUACAGAUCUGCAUCGCCUGUUAGCUAUGAGAGACCCGCCUCUCCUCCAGCAAGAUCUGCCUCUCCACCUCAAGCCCCUGCUUCGCCUAGUCUGUCCUCGGUUUCGACAUCUCCUACUGGCACAAACCGUGAGGGUCGUCCAAUCCCGCAGCGUCCUGUCAGACCAGAGCCGCUGGAUGGCUUCCUUGCCAUGCUCAAGAGCGAGUCCGAGGCUUCCGGUCAGCAGUUGUCAAACAUGACUAUCCGCUCAAACACCUUCCCACUUCCACCAUCCGUACCAAAGUCUCCCGAACCCAAGCCAGUCGUCAGAAGCCCCUCGGCGCCUCCCACUAGACAACGACGACCUACAAUUUCCGCUCCUUCACAAAGCGCUCCUAGUGAUUCUCUUCCCACUAUUUCAACCACCCCUCCACCAGCACUUCCGCCAAUGCCCACCAUUGAGACUGCUAUGGCUCCAGCACUUCCCCCGCUUCCUUCCACAGCCGAUGUGCAGAAGCAUGCUCACCCUGUCGUACACGCUCCUUCGGAUUCGGCUUCUUCAGCUUCAUCCACAAGGAGCUUCAAGUCGGAUGUUAGCCCUCCUGUUUCGGCCUCAUCAAGCGUCUCGAUGCUCUCGUCGACUCUAGGUGACCUCUCCGAUCCUUCUCUUGUUGUACCCAGCCUGCAACUCAAGACCAAGCAAGAGAACCGUCUGAGCCCCGAAGACGCCUUCAAGCCUACUUUUAUUGCUGCUGAGCAACAGCAAUCACCAGUCUCGUUCGAAGAGAGACUCGACAGUCCGACUGAGAAGAUGGACCGCUUCCCAUUCAAUGCUCUCCGUGCAUCUCAUGAGAGCGAGGUGCCCGAGUCACCUGUGGUCCCUGGCUUCCUUCCUAGACGUCCUCAAAGUCCCAUGUCGGCCACAUCUACACCCAUGUCAUCUCCUCCUACCGAGCACGGCUUCUCUUCCAGACCUACCUCUUCAAAACGCCCCGGUACUUCGUCCAAGCAUAUCUGCAGAGGUUGCAAUGAACCUAUUCAAGGCAAGUCUGUCAAGGCUGCGGAUGGUCGUCUAACCGGUCGUUACCACAAGCAUUGUUUCGUGUGCAAGACUUGCAAGUCUGCCUUCGCGACUGCUGAUUUCUACGUCAUUGACAACAACCCAUACUGUGAGCACCAUUACCAUGAGCUCAACAAUUCUUUGUGUGCCCAUUGCGAUCGUGGUAUCGAAGGACCAUAUCUCGAGACCCAGCAAGCACAAAAAUUCCAUCCUAGCUGUUUCACUUGUAUCGACUGCCACAAACCCCUAAGCGAUGAUUACUUCGAGAUCGCUGGUAAGGUCUACUGCGAGCAGCAUGCCUUUGCGUCCGUCCAGCGUCAAGAGGGGCUCGGACCCAAAAGAAACAUGGAGAGAAGAACCACUCGUUUCAUGGUCAUGUAA